CGCGUAAAGUGAUUAACAUACAUUUCAGGCUUCAGUUGUAGAAUCGGCGAUUUCAUCACAACAGCAUACCCAAAAUGUCUUCCCAAAAACCCGAGGAACGUGGCGAGUCGUCGAACUCUGCCUCAAAGGCGGCCCUCAAAGCUUCUUCGAAUGGAACCACAAAUUAUGAACUUCCCUGGGUGGAAAAGUAUCGACCAGUGUUCCUCGACGAUGUCGUCGGAAACACGGAAACGAUAGAAAGACUCAAGAUCAUUGCUAGAGAGGGCAACAUGCCCCAUGUAAUCAUCUCCGGUAUGCCUGGUAUUGGAAAGACCACCAGUGUGCUAUGUCUGGCCAGGCAACUCUUAGGUGAAUCGUACAAGGAAGCGGUCUUGGAGCUCAAUGCCAGUGACGAGCGAGGCAUUGAUGUUGUCCGAAACAGAAUCAAGGGCUUCGCCCAAAAGAAGGUCACUUUGCCUGCGGGGCGUCAUAAACUUGUUAUUCUCGAUGAAGCCGACAGUAUGACUUCGGGUGCUCAGCAAGCCCUUCGACGAACUAUGGAGAUUUACUCUAACACUACACGAUUUGCUUUCGCCUGCAACCAGUCCAACAAGAUCAUCGAACCCCUCCAAUCACGAUGCGCCAUCCUACGAUACGCCAAGUUAACGGACGCUCAAGUCGUAAAGCGACUCAUGCAAAUUAUUGAGGCGGAAAAGGUCGAAUACAGUGACGAUGGACUUGCAGCCUUGGUUUUCAGCGCCGAGGGAGAUAUGCGACAAGCUAUCAACAACCUCCAAUCCACCUUUGCCGGUUUUGGCUUCGUCUCAGGAGACAAUGUCUUCAAGGUUGUUGACUCGCCUCAUCCAAUCAAGGUGCAGGCGAUGCUGAAGGCUUGCUAUGAAGGCAAUGUUGAUUCCGCACUGGAAACACUCCGAGAACUUUGGGAUCUAGGUUAUUCAAGCCAUGACAUUAUUAGCACUAUGUUCAAGGUUACGAAAACAAUUCCUACGUUGAGCGAACAUGCAAAGCUGGAGUUUAUCAAAGAGAUUGGUUUUACACAUAUGAAGGUCCUUGAAGGUGUGCAGACACUACUCCAGCUCAGCGGAUGCGUCGUCCGGCUAUGCAAAAUCAACAUGGAUCCUAAGCGAUUUCGGGUAUAGAAUAUGGAGAUGAAUCUAGACAUGGGUGCAUCAUUGGCGUUGGAGUUGGUAUUCGACUGAGAAAGCGAAGGAAAGAUGCUAAAGUAAUGUGAUUUACACAGACGACUCGAUGGUCAUCUCUAAUGUGACAUAUGUACGCCGUUAUACCCCAGGCAGUUGCAGUCAAGACUUUUCAGUGAGA